GGAGAUUAGUAGGGUUCCGUCAAGCUGGCCGUCAAGGGGGCGGCUUUCGCCAUGGCGGCAGCUCGUGAUUCUGCCAGCCUUGUUCCUCAGCUCGUCAAAGCUUUUUCUUACGCCAUGGCGCUGACAACCGGCCGUAAUUUGAACUCUCUUCCUUGGAACGUGCAACAAACAUUGGCCCUGCCGCGCAUUCAGAUAGCUGCUCCUCUUUUGGCAGCUGUCCACAGACGGUUUGACUCUAGGAGCUUGCAAGACGCUUUCUACAUUGUCUAGCUGGAGCUAACUUUGAAACGGCCCCCUGCUUCAGUCUGGGCAUUGGGUUUGCUCAAUUGCCACUCGACCAAUGGAUGCCUCAAUUGAGCGCAGUUGACCCUGGCACAACUUUAGCGCGCUUAUGCAAUCCGAGCAUCCAAACAAGUACCCCCGAAGGGAUCAAAAGACAGGUGCAGAGCUGAGGGCCAACUGAAAAGCAAGGUUUGAAGGCCACUGCCAGUUGUUCGAUGGCUCCGCUUGUAAGGAAGGGAGACUUCCUGAUGCAAGCGGAGUGCAAGCUGGGGGACAGCAGCGGGGGCAAGGUCGAUGUGCCUUCCACAUGGCGGGCAUCUGUACGAGUCACAGAGGGAGGGGCUCAGACGGAGGUGAUAGAAAUGAGCUCCAAUGCAACGCAGAGCUGCAUCAGCGAGGAUGCAGAAGUCCAGACAGACAACGUGCACGUCUCACCAACAGAGACGAACUCAAGCUCAGCCGCCACAGGCGCAGCAUCUGUGUUCGAGGCAACCACUUCUCCAAUCGAAGGGGAAGAAAGCCGAGAAGCUCACUCUCCCGCUGCCGCAGCAGACACAACGGUGACUCUCUCUCUCGAGCUGCGCUCUCCCUUCAUUUCCCCCGCCACUAGUUCCGGGCCUCCUAGUACGUCUGCCGUUUCUGACGGGUUCGCAGGCCUCGUUGUAACCGGGAUUGCGUGGAACGCUACUGGAAACGUCGUAGCCGUCAGUUACGGACGGCUGGACGUCCGUGGCUGGUGCCAUGCUCCGGGGGCGCUGUGCACCUGGAACGUGGGGAGAAGGGGCACCCGGGGAAGGGGCACCCGGGGGAAAGCGCCAAGCGGAUUCGGAACGGACGGAACCGGAACGGAUGCAUUGAAACCAGAUACGGUGAUCCAACUCGAUAACUGCCUGAUGGCCGUCGCGUUUCACCCGACGCACCCCGCACUGAUCGCAGGGGGGACUUUCAACGGCGAAAUCUACCUGUGGGAUCUGGGUCGAGAAGACCCCCAAAGAGCCAAGUCCAGGAUCACAGACUUCAGCCACCGAGAGCCAAUCACGCAGUUGAGCUGGCAGUACAACACGCACGAUGCGUUCACGCACAUAGGCCAAGAGCACGCUUACCAGAUUGUGUCAACGAGUACGGAUGGGAAGGUGCUCGUCUGGUCGAUCGCCAAGUUGGACGACCCUGUCUACGGGUACGAGUUGACACACGCGCGGCAAGGACAGAAGGAAUUGCUCUGGGGAGCCACGUGUCUGUCGCUGGCGUCAUCCUCCGACCGGGACCACCAGGGCGCCUUUGUCGUGGGCACGGAGGGCGGAGCCGUCUUUCGGUGCCUCAUGCGUCACAAUGACGUCAUGGUGGCGGACUUGGCGCAGAAAGUGGGCACCCCAGUGUCGCCGGGGGAUCCCUCGCUGAAGCUCAAGUCCCCGGUGCGCUCCGAGUUCGUGCCCCACGUGGGCGCGGUGCGCGCGGCCGCGUGCUCGCCGUUCCAGCGGAACCUCUUCCUCACCGCCGGAGCGGACGGAAGCCUCCGGAUCUAUAGCGUCCUGCAGGCUAAGCCCUUGUUACACCUGGCGCCCUCUCAGCGCGCGCUCACGGCCGCGCAGUGGUCCCCGUUCCGACCGCUGGUGGUAGCGACCGCCGCCGCCGACGGCCACGUCCACUUUUACGAUCUGCAGAGAAGCGUUUUGCAACCCUGCAAAAGCGUGCGGGUGCGGGAAAAGGGCCUGCCGGUUGAGGCGAUGGCGUUCAAUCCGAAGGCGCCCGAUCGUUUCGCGGCCGCGGACGGCAGCACUUUGAAGAUCUUCUCGCUCGGAACCUCGUUCCAACUGGCCCGGCAAUCAGAGGCGUCGCAGAUCGACCGCUUAGAGCAACAAACGAACGUAACGUCGCAGGCUCGUAUCCCGCCCGACGUCAACUUGCCGUCUGGUUGAUCUGCACACGCCUGUCUGUCGCAACAACGGCAUGUUGCUAAUCGGGGACCGGUCAUCACUUUUUGUCCGUAAUUAAGUUCAUCAUGAAUCCGUCAACACCUG